GAUAUCGUUCGGUUUUUUAACUAUUCGUUGUUCCUGCGAUGAUAUUUUAUGAAAGUCAGCAAGAUGCAUCCAGUCAUGAUGCAGGUAGUGGCGGAUCAACACCCACAUGCUCAUCCGAGACCACAAAGUCUUCCAAGUCAACUGAAGAAUCAUUGGACAAUGUCAAAAGGCAGUCACCUAUCACCCAGACAGAUGUUGCCAGCAGCACAGAACCAGGUGGUUCUUGUCCUGUCAGAGAGAAUGAUGCCAAACCAGCUUGUAAACCCUCAUGUGGACCUUGGACUGGUGAUGAAUGUAGAGAAGCCAUAGAAAACCUUUUUGACUCCUCCAAAACAAUACACAAUGUAUUCCUGUGCAGUAAGAUAGACUGCACUAGUGUAAAUUUACAUGAGCAGCAGAGACUUAAGCCAAAGAAAUUUCAGCACAGUUGGCUGAAUAAAGAACACUGGUGGCUUUGCUACAUUGAAGGCGAAGGAAUGUUCUGCCUUGCUUGUCGUAAACAUGAUAUGAAACACCCACAGAAUCUUAAGGAGGUUUUUGCAGCUGCCCCAAGUGUCCGUUUGAAAGGAGAUGCCAUUAAAUCCCACAGCAAGAGCAUUCUUCAUGCAGCAGCACUUGAAAGUGAAAUGCUUCAAAGGGCAUCUUACUUCCAAAAGGAAAUAAACAAACGGUCGGACACACAAAAUGUAAUUCUAGAACAGGCAUUCAGUAGUGCUUAUUUUAUGAUGAGUACAUUCAUAGCAAACAGACAGUUUGUUCCAUUGCUGAAUCAUAUAGAAAAGGUAUAUGAUGUAGACAGUUUGAAAUACUUUGGGCAUAGAUCCAGGGGAGCCCAACAGGAAAUCUUUGAAACUCUAGGUCAGACUAUGAAGAAUGAAGUACUGCGUAAGGUGAGAGCAGCAUCAGCAUUUGGUAUACUUACUGAUGAAGUAUCAGAUGUAUCAGUAGCUGAAAAUCUUGUAACUUUCAUACAGUACUUUUGCAAAGAGACUGGUCAUGUUGAAACUCAGUUCUUGGCUUGCCAGAACAUUCUUGAAUCUUUUGAGUCUGCAGAUUCAAAUGCAAUUACUACUCUGAUUCUUGAAGAACUUGAGGAGCGUGGAGGGUUGGACUUGUCUUCUUUUACUGGGCUAACCUCUGAUGGUGCUUCCGUGAUGGCAGUUAUGGCAGUACUUUCAGAACUCGCCAAAAAGAAUGGCAGCAUAUUUGAAAAUUCAAACCCAGCUGAAAUCUGUACGGCUUGA